AUGUCUACAUUGAAUAAGGGCAGUUCCGACAAGUUGGAUGCUGUGAAAAAGUACAUCAAUCAUUUUGAUCAUGCGAAUGAAACCCAGAGCAUUAACGGAUUUGUGCAAUUGCUGAAGGAUAUUAAUAUAAAAAUGGUUGUAUUCGACUUUGACUUGACUAUAAUAGGUGCUCACUCAGGGGGUUAUGUGGACAAAGCCAAUGAUAUUGAUAAUAUAGGGACGUCUGUCACGACACACUUUAAAAUUUUCUCCAAGGAACUGAAUACGAAUAAUAUAAAAAUUACUGUUGCCACGUUUUCAGACGAUGAAGCCAUACGGCAUUCUCGAGGCAAGAACUCCACACUAAUCGCAGGAGAGGACAUGGUAAAGUUCAGUAUGAAGAAUAGUAAAUGUGACGCAAGGAUCGAGAAGGUCUAUGCAUAUUAUCCCCCCUACUACCGAGAGCCGAGGCAAUAUCGACCCCUUGGACUAACGAAACCCAUGAGCUAUGAUAAGUCUUAUCACCUUAAGCAGAUUAGGUCCGACUUUGAGGUGACCAUUGAUGAAAUAUUAUUCAUUGAUGAUGACGUGAACAACUGCAUCUCAGCAAAGAAGGAGGGAUACAUAACUUUCAAUGUUACAGGCAAGAAGGGGUUCAAUUUUAAAAAUAUAAAAAUUAUGUAA